CCACUUCAACAAAGGCACCUCACACCAUAGCAUCAUUCAACAUAUUCCUCAUCAUGAGUUCAGAAAACAAGAAUGAUGCAGGUGAUGAAGUACUUCCCCUGUUACCACACUCCUCCUCAACCUCUAAGCAUGCCUCCGACGGCGAGCUUGAGAGAAUUCUCUCCGACACCGCCGUGCCCCUCCUCACCCGCCUUGGCGCCGCCACCUGGAUCGAGCUCAGGCUCCUCUUCCACUUGGCCGCCCCUGCUGUCCUAGUCUAUUGCAUCAACUAUGUCAUGUCCAUGUCCACCCAAAUCUUCUCCGGCCACCUUGGUAACCUUGAACUCGCCGCCGCGUCGCUCGGUAACACCGGCAUCCAAGUCUUCGCUUAUGGCCUCAUGUUGGGUAUGGGAAGUGCUGUGGAGACGCUAUGUGGACAAGCAUUUGGUGCUCACAAGUUUGAAAUGCUUGGAAUUUACUUGCAGAGAUCAACCAUCCUUCUCUUUCUUGCUGGAUUGGUUUUGACGUUGAUAUACGUUUUUAGCGAACCCAUUCUACUUUUUCUCGGAGAGUCCCCACAAAUUGCAUCCGCGGCCGCGCUUUUUGUGUGGGGCCUCAUCCCUCAAAUCUUUGCGUACGCUGUGAAUUUUCCCAUCCAGAAGUUCCUUCAGGCGCAGAGCAUAGUCGCGCCUAGCGCGUACAUUUCAGUUGUCACGUUGGUGUUGCACCUCUUGCUGAGCUGGGUGGUGGUUUACGAGAUUGGACUGGGCUUGUUGGGCGCGUCGCUUGUUUUGAGUUUAUCAUGGUGGAUUAUCGUGAUUGCGCAGUUCGUGUACAUAUUGAAGAGCGAGAGGUGCAAGCGCACAUGGCAAGGGUUCUCGUGGCAGGCAUUUUCAGGGUUGCCAGAGUUUUUCAAACUAUCGGCAGCGUCUGCUGUGAUGUUGUGCCUAGAGACAUGGUACUUCCAGAUUUUGGUUUUGUUGGCGGGACUGCUUCCUCAUCCAGAGUUGGCUCUUGAUUCCCUUUCCAUUUGUACCACAAUUAGUGGGUGGGUGUUCAUGAUCUCUGUUGGAUUCAAUGCAGCUGCAAGCGUGAGAGUGAGCAACGAACUAGGAGCAAGAAAUCCAAAAUCAGCCUCAUUUUCGGUGGUGGUGGUGACAUUAAUUUCGUUCAUAAUAUCAGUUAUUGCAUCACUGGUGGUGCUUGCAUUACGAGAUAUCAUUAGUUAUGCCUUCACAGGGGGUGAAGAGGUUGCUGCUGCAGUCUCAGAUCUUUGCCCACUGCUAGCACUUUCUAUUCUCCUCAAUGGCAUUCAGCCUGUCUUGUCAGGCGUGGCUGUUGGAUGUGGAUGGCAAGCUUUCGUGGCAUAUGUAAACGUGGGUUGUUACUACGGUGUUGGUAUUCCAUUGGGCUCUGUUCUGGGCUUUUAUUUCAAAUUUGGAGCCAAGGGUAUAUGGUUGGGAAUGCUUGGUGGCACAACCAUGCAAACAAUUAUUCUAAUGUGGGUCACAUUUCGAACGGAUUGGAACAAGGAGGUAGAGGAAGCAGCCAAGAGAUUGAACAAAUGGGAGGAAAAAACGGAGCCACUUCUAAACUGAAGAAUUUAGGAACUUAUUUUAUAUAGAAGAUAAAUAUAAAGUUCCUAAAUAUAUGUUCCUUCCCUUGUAUCAAAAAAGAUGAGGAUCAUGUUGAUUAAUAUUGAUAUUGUUCAAUUUUUAAAAGAA